AUGCGCCCUCAAACCUUUGCAGCUUUCCUCAUCGCGACGGCCCUGCCAGCCAUCGCCAGGAGCCUACGCGGCGCCACCUCGCACGGCCUCGCGGCCCGAGAGGCCGAAAUCUACGACGAGAUAUUGGCCAUCAUCAAACGCGAUGACGCAGGCGGCGCCGCUGCCCCUGUAGCUAGCGGCGGCGGCGGCGGCGGCGCUCAGGAGGGGGGACAGCAGCAGCAGCAGCAGCCGCAGCCGCCGGCCAAAGAAGGGGGAGAUGCAGCACCUCCUCAGCCGGCCAAGGACGGUGGUGAAGCCCCGCCGCCGCCCGCAAAGGAGGGUGGCGACGCGGCGCCUCCCCCGCCUCCUCCCGAGGGCAAGGCUAAGGACGAUGGCAAGGCCAAGGGCAAGGACGAUGCCAAGGCCAAGGGCAAGGACGAUGGCAAGGCCAAGGGCAAGGACGAGGGCAAGGCCAAGGGCAAGGACGAUGGCAAGGCCAAGGGCAAGGAUGAGGGCAAGGGCAAAAAGGGUAAAGGCGGCGAUGAUGCUCAAGGCAAGGGGAAAAAAGGAAAAGGAGGCGAGGGUGGCGGUGGUGGUGAGGCUGCCGGGGAGGGCGAGGCCAAGGGCGAGGGCGAGGGCAAGGGAAAGAAAGACAAAGGCGGAGACGACGCCCAAGGAAAAGGCAAAAAGGCCAAGGGUGCUGAUGAUGCCCAAGGAAAAGGGAAGAAAGCCAAAGGCGGCGACGAUGCUCAAGGCAAGGGUAAAAAAGACAAAGGAGGCGAGGGUGGUGGUAAGGCUGGUGGUGAGGGCGAGGCUAAGGGUGAAGGCGAAGCCAAGGGUGGGGGCGAAGCCAAGGGCGAGGGCGAGGCCAAGGGCGAGGCACCCGCAGCGGCUGCUCCUAGCGGAACGGCCCGCCGCCGGCUCAAGCCGCGCAUGAGCAAGUUCCGGGGCGAGAAAAAGCGCUGUGCCAGGAGAGUCAACCGUGACUGA